AUGUUCAUUUCUAACACCUUUUUCUUUCAACCACAGCAGCCUAUGGCUAUGCCUCAAGACCGCGUAGAUGCUAUUUGUGGCGACAUCCAGCUAGCUCUUGUCACCGCCGUAAACCAAGGCAUCAAUGCCAACAUGAGUUUCCACAUUCAUCCAAACCAUUUCUUUCCUGUUGGAAGACUCACUCUUCUGGAUCUUGAAGCCGAAAUCGUAUCGCAGUCUACCUUUCAUUUGGAACUUGUAUCUCGUCAAGGAGGACGCAAGGUUUUCGUUCAUUUCGUUGGAGGUGGAGGUCUUUUUGCUGUGAAUAAUGAUUUGCGUUCUGAUGAUGAUGGAACCGACGGUGAUGAUGGAACCGACGGUGAUGGAACCGAUCACGAAGGAGACGUUGAUGGAGACAAUGAUGGAGGAGACAAUGAAGAGAAUGGAGAGACUGGAGAUGGCAACAGCAGCGGUAGCAGCACUCGACUCGAGGACCCCGACAAUCAAUCACUCGAGUCCAAUGACUCGUCCGACUGGGAUGGCGCUUUUGCCGAGCUCAGUCAGCUCACCAUCUAA